AAGACUCCUCUUCGCAUUUCUGGACUGUAAAUCUGUCGCUCCGUCGAUCACCUCCCUCCACCCUAACCCUAAGCUACAUAUCGAAGUGCAGAGAUCGGGAAGUUCUCUUUCACAGAUUUGUGCACGGUGCGUGGCUGUCUUGCUGCUCUCGAACACCGCCGGCUUGUUGACGACACCGCUGCUGCCGCACCAUGGAAACGCAGGUGAAGCUCGCGAUCGUUAUGAAGGUCAUCGGCCGCACUGGAUCAAGGGGACAAGUGACCCAGGUGCGCGUGAAGUUUUUGGACGACCAAAAUCGUCUUAUCAUGAGGAACGUCAAGGGGCCCGUCCGUGAAGGUGACAUUCUCACCCUGCUCGAGUCCGAGCGCGAGGCAAGGAGGCUGCGAUAGAUUGAAUGGCCUGCACCUCGACUGUUAGGUGAACCAUGGAUGGCGCCUGAUCUUUGAGGCCUUCCGCCUCGAACGUUGGGAAGUAGGGGCAAGGAAUAGAGAAUUGCCACCAGCUGGCCGGCGCCGACGGGAGCGAUGGAUGGAGGACGGGGCUCCGAGAUUGCAUCUAGCCGGUUAGCAGUCGGCAUGCGGGUGAAGCACAUGUGGCUCCCUUCUUGAUACAUAAUUUGAUUUUGACACUGUAUGGACAAGAUUUGAGCACCCGGUGUGUAGCUGAAAUUUUGUUUACUGGAAUUUGAUCAUCUUUAAUUCAAGAG